UUUGACCCAAAAAAGAAAAAAAAAAGAAUGACCUUUGCUUCCUCUCUCUCCCUCGUCUUCCAUCCAAUUCUUCCUUACAGUUGAAGAAGAGAGUUCACCGCGUUAAGCUCCUCCGUCAUUACCGAAUUCCUUCUUGAUCUGACUCACUCUCAACUCGGUCCGAUCCUACCCACUCACUCAAUGGGGCGGUCUCCGACUCAUCUAACCACCACAUUUCUUCCCCUUCUAUUCCUUUCUCUCCUUUUUCGACUCGCUCGCAUCUCCUCCGCCAUUCCCGCCACUCCGCGCCUCCUCCGUCCACCUCACGCGCAAGCACGUACCGCCUUCCUCUUACCUCUGCAUCAUCAUUCUUCUUCUGAUUCUUCCCAGAAAUCCCCUUCCUCCUCCUCUUCGCUGCCGUCGUCGUCGUCUCCUUCCUCCUAUCCACAUCGCCACCUACAGAGAUCCGGUCCCAAUAACAGGUCCAAUGCUCGCAUGAGCCUCCACGAUGACCUCCUCCUUAAUGGGUACUACACCACUCGGCUUUGGAUCGGAACGCCACCUCAGAAAUUCGCUCUCAUUGUCGAUACGGGAAGCUCUGUUACGUACGUACCCUGUUCCACUUGCGAUCAGUGUGGAAAACACCAGGACCCCAGAUUCGAUCCGGAGCUUUCGAGCACUUAUCAAGCGGUGAAGUGCAAUAUUGACUGUAAUUGUGACAAUGAUCAAACACAAUGCAUUUAUGAGAGGCAAUACGCGGAGAUGAGUACAAGCAGUGGUGUUCUUGGUGAGGAUAUAUUAUCUUUUGGGAACUUGAGUGCGCUUACUCCACAAAGAGCUGUUUUUGGCUGUGAAAACUUGGAAACUGGCGACCUUUACAGUCAACAUGCUGAUGGUAUAAUGGGGUUGGGCCGGGGUGACCUUAGUGUUGUGGACCAACUUGUGGAUAGAGGUGUGAUUAGUGACUCAUUCUCAUUGUGUUAUGGUGGAAUGGAUAUUGGUGGAGGUUCCAUGGUUCUUGGUGGUAUCACUCCACCUCCGGACAUGGUUUUUGCUGAUUCUGAUGCUGCAAGAAGUCCAUAUUACAACAUAGAUUUGAAGGAGAUUCAUGUUGGGGGAAAGCAAUUGCCCAUAAAUCCAGGGGUGUUUGAUGGAAAACAUGGGACGAUCCUUGAUAGUGGCACCACGUAUGCUUACCUACCUGAUGCAGCAUUUAUACCAUUUAAAGAUGCUGUUAUAAAGGAGCUGCAAUCUCUCAAGCAGAUCCAUGGUCCUGACCCAAAUUAUAAUGAUAUAUGUUUUUCCGGUGCUGGAAGUGAUAUCUCCCAACUUACAAAAAAAUUUCCUGCGGUUGGUAUGGUAUUUAGCAAUGGACAAAAACUGUCACUGUCUCCUGAAAAUUAUUUGUUCCAGCAUUCAAAGGUGCGUGGUGCAUAUUGCUUGGGUGUUUUUCCAAAUGGAAGAGAUCCAACCACUCUUAUUGGGGGAAUCAUUGUCCGAAAUACUCUUGUGAUGUAUGACCGUGAGCAUUCGAAAAUUGGUUUUUGGAAAACUAAUUGUUCUGAGUUAUGGGAAAGGCUUCACAUAACUGGCUCUCCCCCAACAAUGGCACCAGCUCCUGUUGAGAAAAAUUCAAGUUCAGAAGUUCCACCUACAUUAGCUCCCAAUGAAUCACCAGAUUAUGUGCUUCCAGAGGAUCAUCAAAUUGGAAAAAUUACGUUUGAGGUGUCAUUCAACAUUAGCUAUUCUGAUUUAAAACCUCACAUGACAGAACUGGUCGAAUAUAUUGCUCCUGAGUUGGAUGUUAAUAUUUCACAGGUCCAAGUAUUGAAUUUUACAUCCAAUACAAAUUAUACCGUCAUUAGAUUGGCCAUUCUCCCAGCAGGGUCUGCUGACUUUAUCUCUAAUACAACUGCAGUGUCUGUCAUUGCACAUCUUGCUGAACAUGGUAUACAGCUUCCUGCUACUUUUUCCGGUUAUAAAUUGGUUGGAUGGAACAUUGUACCGAAGGUAAAACGGAAAUGGUGGCAUCAAGAAUAUCUGGUGGUCAUUUUAGCAAUUUUGGUUACUCUUUUUAUUGGAUUAUCAGCUUUUGGUAUGUGGUUUAUCUGGAGACGCCGACAACAGGCUCUCAUUUCCUAUAAGCCUGUCAAUUCAGCUGUUAUAGAGCAAGAACUCCAACUCCAGCCACUGUGAACUUAGUAGCUACCUUUGCUUGGUGGGCAUCCCAGCUUAUAUAUGUCCCCAUUUUCAUUUUUUUGUUUAUUCACAUAUGCAAGUCAAUCAAUUUUUUUGUUUGGCCAACACUAAUCAUUCUUUAUUUCAAUUGCUCUGAGAUGUAUUUCAUAGAAAGAAAGAAAGUAAAAAAAAGGGAAAAAAACACAUGAUGAAUUUGUAAGCAUAACCAAAUUUGUAUGUGAAUAUUAUUAUUAUUGUAACAUACAGGUGAAUCGAAAGUUUGCUCAAUAAGACCACUUACUA